AUGGAUCCUCGACAAAUGAGCAUUGUGGAGUACUUGGGUAAUGAUGGCGGUCAUAGGUGUGGAUAUUGCGGGAACUCAUCUGGUUUCAUAGCACCAGGGAUGUGGGCUCAUCGACUAACAGUCAGAGAUUUGCAGGAUUUAACUGAUCGUGGUUGGCGUAGAAGUGGUAAGUAUUGUUACAAACCAGCUAAUGACCAAAUGUGUUGUCCUCUUUAUAUCAUAAGAUGUGAUGCUCCUAACUUUACAUUAUCUAAAUCUCAGAAAAAAGUAUUAAAGAAAAUGACAGAAUAUUUGAGGAUGGCUGGUGGAGCUUCUAAUGAUCCACCUCUUGAAGGGUGUGUGGUUUCUUCUGCUAAACAGGUUCGUCCAGGUCAAGGUCCAGAUCCCAGCAAACCACCUUGUCGUAAAGCUAAAGAGAUAAAGAAAGAGAGAAAAAUAUUAAAGCAAACUUCUUGUAAAGAAAGUGGUGGUCAGUCCAGUCAUGAAACAACAGAUAGUGCCACACCCACUGCUAAACAGGAUGACCGCAAACCAUUGGAGGCUUUCUUGAGUGAAUUACCUUCAACUGAUGAAAACCCCACCCACCAAUUAACAAUACGAUUAGUUCGAUCACAUCCUCCGUCUCCAGAGUUUACUGAAACUCUUAAGGACAGUUAUCAAGUUUAUCGUAAGUAUCAAAUGGCCAUACACAAGGAUCCUCCUAGCAAAUGUACUAUGGAAGGCUAUAAAAGAUUCCUUGUUGAUUCUCCACUAGUUCCAGAAUCAGGUCCACCAGAAUGGGAAUGUGGCUAUGGAUCAUAUCAUCAACAAUACUUCAUCGAUGGACGUCUCAUUAUGGUGGGUGUGGUCGACAUAUUACCUCACUGCAUGUCAUCAAAAUAUCUCUAUUAUGAUCCAGAAUUUGAUUUCUUGACAUUGGGAACUUUCUCAGCUCUCAAUGAGCUAGCUUUAGUUCGACGGCUUCAUCAUGCUAAUCCAGAUCUUCGUUAUUAUUGUAUGGGAUACUAUGUACACAGCUGCCAAAAAAUGCGCUACAAAGGUCAGUACACGCCCUCUUUCUUACUCUGUCCUGUAACCAAUCAAUAUGUACCAAUUGAAACCUGUCGUCCGAAAUUGGAUGUUACUAAAUAUGCACGCUUUAACGAGGAGGCGUGUCCUUCUCCUACAGUAGAUGCAAGUUCAACAUUAGUUCUAUAUGGUCACGAUGCUAUGCCAUAUGGUGUCCUACGUGCUAUCAGUGAAGAGGAUCAGGAAACUGAGAGGAAGAAUCAGGUGUUCGGAAGAAUUGGUACCAGACACAACAAGCAAUAA